CGGUAUAUUCAAAGAUCAAUUUAGAGAGAGAAAGUCCAAUCUAAAGAAACGAGAGAGAAACAGAGGGAGCUCAAAAAAACGAUGGCGUUUUACGCGGACGAAGAGGAGGUGUGGAAAUGUCCAAAACACCCUUCGAAGCGGCGGAGGAGCGGAAUUUGCCCAACCUGCCUCCGUGAACGUCUCACCAAUCUCUGCCCCGACUGCGCUAACGUGCGCCCCUGUGCGUGCUGCACUUCGUCUUCUUCCUCCUCUUCUUCUUCAUUCUCUUUCUUCUCCUCCUCCUCCUCCGCCGGCGACGCCUCCAGGUCCGCCCGGGUCGGGUCCGUUGGCCGCCUCUCCAACCUCAUCGACAGCGAGCCUGCGUUCCGGCGCUCUCGAUCGCUUGCGAUUCCGUUUCUCCAUUCUCGAUUCGCCGAAGCUUCGCCGCCGGUUAAUCGGAGGAAAUCGUCGUUCUGGUCGGUGUUCAGGACGCAGAAGAGCAAGGAAUGCGAAGAAGAGAGAGAAGACGGAAAAUCGAAGAUCGUGAUCGAGGCGGAGGAGAAUUACGCACACCAGAUGAUGAUGAUGAGAUCGAGAUCUGUAAGCGUUCCGGUAGCGUCGGAUUCCGGCGCCGGCAACAUGAGAUCGUCGUCGGUGAAAAGCAGGGGAUUGUAUUUUCCUAGCCCGAUCAAGUUUUUCCGGCAAUCGAAGACGUCGAAAGUCGUUCAGGAACGGUCUCCUUUGUACAGGGGUUGAUAAAUUUUUGUAUUGAUCAUCAAGAACUCCACAGCUUCACUACUAGAUAAUCACUUUUUUUUUUUUUUGGUUAAAAAAAAUCAACUAUUUUGACAAGUUAAUAUUAUAUCGAUAUGAUAUAUAUGAUAUUCCUUCAAAGAAAUGACAUUGCUUCUCUAUGUUUGUAAAUUUUCCAAUUACCCAAUUUUUUCUUGCUUUUUGUUGAUAUAGAUCAAUUGUAUCUGUAUGCAUGUUUGCAUACUAGAUGAUAAGAUUGAUAAAUGCUAAAAUAGUUACAAUA